GGAGAGCUGCUUUAGUAUGCACAUCACGGCUAUACUGCAGGGAGCAAGCAGUUAUUGCACACACGAGCCAGGAUAAACACUUGGUUACUCUCCUUAUAAGCACCUCUUCCAACAGGGAGAGGGAAUAAAGUGGGAGGAAGAAGCAGCAUUUGAAGUAACCUUUUCCAAGGAGCAGGUAGAGCCACUAGUAGUCUCUCUCCCCAUUUCUUACUAAAGAGACAUGUGUUAUUCCUGCUAAGGAGACGAGGCAGCAUCUAAGGGGAGUACAGACUUAAGGGGAGUAGCAACCUAUCACAGAACGAGAUUGUUUCAAUGGAUAUUGCAAGUCCAAACACUCUGUUAGAACGAGUUCAUGUUGCCAUUUAAAAAGAGCUGUGCUUGAAGCGACAAAAGAGCAAUAUUGAGGAUUUGACGUUCCAAUUAAAACUGUGUUUGGACCAUUGCUUUAUCGCCUGCUUGUGCUUAAUCUUUUCUGAAAGCAUCAUCAUUUAUCUGAAAGAAGAGAAGAACAAGGUGUAUAACUUUAAGAAGCCUUACUCUGUUGUUUUCAUGACCUUGCUGGAUCAAAAAUGGAGCAGAUGGACUGUAAACCUUACCAGCCCCUAUCCAAAGCUAAGCAUGAAAUGGAUCUAGCUUAUACGAGCUCUUCAGACGAAAGUGAAGAUGGGAGAAAAGCAAGACAGUCCUACGAGUCGAGAGAAACCCUAAAUGAAUUUGGACAAGAUCUCAGACUCAAUUACAACAGCCAUAACCGAACAGGAAAAGGAGUUGAUGAAUCCACUCAAGAGCUGGAAUUCUGUGACUCUUCCCACAUGUUGUGUGCUGGCUACCAGGGGGACCUGCAUACAGUUUCUCAGCACGGCUAUCCUAUCGAGAUGGGGUCGGAUAUGGAUACCGAGACGGAAGGAGGUGCUUCACCAGAUCAGGCCUUGAGGAUGUGGAUGUCGGGCAUGAAAUCCGAACACAGCUCCUGUUUAUCAAGCCGUGCGAACUCAGCCUUGUCGCUCACCGAUACCGAUCACGAAAGGAAGUCUGACGGAGAGAACGAAAUGCCAGGAAGCCCACGCAACCAGUUUACCUUCAGACCACUGCCACCUCCGCCACCACCUCCCCAUGCGUGCACCUGCAGCCGAAAGCCUCCUUCAGCAGCCAACUCCCUCCAAGCCAGAUCGUUGACCACCCGCAGCCAGCCGAAUCCAGCCGCCCCAUCGCCCACCAAUACCCAGGACUCUGUGCAUCUUCAUAACAGUUGGGUUCUGAACAGUAACAUACCACUGGAGACCAGACAUUUCCUGUUUAAACAUGGAUCUGGAUCUUCAGCCAUCUUCAGUGCUGCCAGUCAGAACUAUCCGCUGACUUCUAACACAGUUUACUCACCGCCUCCCAGACCGCUUCCUAGAACGACUUUUUCACGACCGGCUUUUGCUUUCAACAAGCCUUAUAGAUGUUGCAACUGGAAGUGCACCGCCUUGAGUGCUACAGCAAUCACAGUCACACUGGCCUUGUUGCUUGCUUAUGUUAUUGCAGUACAUUUAUGUGGCCUGACUUGGCAGUUACAACCAGUUGAUGGGCAGCUCUAUGAAAAUGGACUCAGUAAAGGAAACAGACUCACAGAAUCUGUGGAUACAACAUACGCUCCCAUUGGAGGCAAAGCGUCAGAUAAAACAGAAAGGAAAGAUAUAGUAUUUCAGAAAGGACAGGCAAUAGACACGGGAGAAAUUGAAAUCGGAGAUCAGGUGAUGCAGACGAUCCCACCGGGCCUCUUUUGGCGGUUCCAGAUCACGAUCCAUCAUCCAUUGUACUUGAAAUUCAAUGUCUCCCUGGCAAAAGAUUCCCUGCUUGGGAUCUAUGGCAGACGCAAUAUUCCUCCCACUCACACCCAGUUUGACUUUGUAAAACUAAUGGAUGGAAAACAGCUAAUUAAACAGGAACCAAGACAUUUUGAAGAAUCUCACCAGGGGCCCAGAAAUCUAAUUUUAAUGUCCAUGCAAGAAACUGGUUUCAUAGAAUAUAUGGACCAAGGAGCGUGGCACAUGGCAUUUUACAACGAUGGCAAGAAAGUGGAGCAAGUGCUUAUGCUGACCACAGCAAUUGAAGUCAUGGAUGACUGUUCUACUAACUGCAAUGGGAACGGAGAAUGCAUUUCUGGCCACUGCCACUGUUUCCCAGGAUUCCUCGGUCCUGAUUGUGCACGAGAUUCCUGCCCAGUUUUAUGCAGCGGAAACGGGGAAUACGAACAGGGUCACUGUGUUUGUCGCAAUGGGUGGAAGGGAGCAGAAUGUGAUGUCCCAGAGGAGCAGUGCAUCGACCCCACCUGCUUUGGUCAUGGCACAUGUAUCAUGGGAAUCUGCAUUUGCGUCCCAGGUUAUAAAGGAGAGAUAUGUGAAGAAGAGGACUGCUUAGACCCUAUGUGUUCUGGUCACGGAGUCUGUGUCCAGGGAGAAUGCCACUGUUCCAUGGGCUGGGGUGGAGUCAACUGUGAAACAUCACUUCCCAUCUGUCAAGAACAAUGUUCCGGCCAUGGCACGUUUGUCCUGGAGACAGGACUCUGUAGUUGUGACCCAAAAUGGACAGGCUCUGACUGCUCAUCCGAGCUCUGCACACUGGAUUGCGGCGCGCAUGGUGUUUGUGCGAAAGGAGUGUGCCAGUGUGAAGAAGGUUGGAUAGGCCCCACUUGUGAAGAACGGACAUGCAACUCUCACUGCACGGAGCAUGGAAAGUGCAAAGAUGGAAAAUGUGAAUGCAGCCCUGGAUGGGAAGGAGACCACUGUACCAUAGAUGGAUGCCCUGGUCUCUGUUAUGGAAAUGGAAGGUGCACCCUUGACCAAAAUGGAUGGCACUGUGUCUGCCAAGUGGGCUGGAGCGGAAUGGGAUGCAAUGUUGUUAUGGAAAUGCUUUGCGAAGAUAACAUCGAUAAUGAUGGAGAUGGUUUGACAGACUGUGUUGAUCCUGAUUGCUGUCAGCAGAGUAAUUGCUUCUCCAGCCCUCUCUGCCAAGGGUCCCCUGAUCCUCUGGACCUCAUUCAGCAAAGCCAACCUCCUUUCUUGCAGCAUUCGCCCAGGCUCUUUUAUGACAGGAUCAAGUUUCUGAUUGGCAAGGAGAGCACUCAUGUCAUUCAAGCCGAUGUCUUAUUUGAGAGCAGACGUGCUUGUGUUAUCCGUGGACAAGUGGUAGCAGUCGAUGGAACCCCUCUGGUUGGGGUUAAUGUGAGUUUCCAGCAUCACAGUGAUUACGGCUACACCAUCAGCCGGCAGGAUGGAAGUUUUGAUCUAGUGGCUGUCGGAGGCAUCUCAGUCACCCUGAUCUUUGAUAGAUCACCGUUUCUUCCCGUGAAAAGGACACUUUGGCUGGCCUGGAAUCGAUUUAUUGUGGUCGACAAAGUGGUCAUGCAAAGAACAGAGGCGGAACUGCCCACCUGUGAUAUCAGUAGCUUCAUCAGCCCGAAUCCAAUUGUCAUCCCUUUUCCUCUGACGACGUUUGGAGGAUCAUGUCCUGAAAGGGGAACAGUCAUACCUGAAUUACAGGUGGUCCAGGAGGAAAUAUCAUUUCCUUCCAGCUUUGUGAAGCUGAGUUACUUGAGCAGCAGAACUUUGGGAUAUAAAACUUUGCUGCGCAUCAUUUUGACACAUUCUACGAUCCCUCCCGGCAUCACCAAAGUGCAUCUCACUGUAACAAUUGAAGGACGGCUGGCUCAGAAAUGGUUUCCUGCUGCAAUCAACCUCAUCUAUACUUUUGCAUGGAAUAAGACGGAUAUUUAUGGCCAGAAAGUAUCCGGCUUGGCAGAGGCAAUAGUCUCGGUAGGUUACGAAUAUGAGAGCUGUCCUGAUUUGAUUCUCUGGGAGAAAAGGACAGUGACGUUACAAGGAUUUGAGUUGGAUGCUUCAAAUCUAGGAGGCUGGUCCUUGGACAAACACCACAUUUUGAAUACUCAGAGUGGGAUUGUCCAUAAAGGCAAUGGAGAGAACAUCUUCAUCUCACAACAACCAGCAGUCAUCUCCACCGUCAUGGGCAAUGGGCACCAGAGGAGUGUCUCCUGUACCAAUUGCAACGGCCCUUCUCACAGCAGUAAACUGUUUGCGCCUGUGGCCCUUGCGUCCGGCACCGAUGGGAGCAUCUACAUUGGCGAUUUCAAUUUUGUUCGAAGGCUUCUUCCUUCAGGAAACUCUAUUAGCAUCCUGGAACUAAGAAACAGAGACACCAGACACAGCACGAGUCCAGCACACAAGUAUUAUCUUGCCAUGGAUCCAGCCUCAGAAUCCCUUUAUUUGUCAGAUACAAACACCAGAAGAGUCUACAAGGUGAAAUCUCUCAGCGAAACCAAGGACUUGGCCAAAAACUAUGAGGUUGUGGCAGGUACCGGCGACCAGUGCCUUCCGUUUGAUCAAAGUCACUGUGGAGAUGGAGGCCGGGCCUCCGAAGCAGCUCUUCACAGCCCACGAGGUAUCACCGUGGAUAAGCAUGGCUUCAUUUACUUUGUAGACGGCACCAUGAUUCGUAAGAUUGAUGCAAGUGGGCAGAUCACGACGUUAAUAGGCUCAAAUGGCCUCACGUCAACUCAACCUCUUCGCUGUGAUGCCAGCAUGGACAUAUCUCAGGUUCGUUUAGAAUGGCCUACAGAUCUGGCCGUCAACCCCCUCGACAACUCCUUGUAUGUGCUGGACAACAAUAUCGUCCUUCAAAUCUCUCAGAACGGACGGGUUCGCAUCAUCGCAGGGCGCCCCAUUCACUGCCAGGUUCCAGGCGUUGACCACGUGCUGGUCAGCAAAGUGGCCAUCCAUUCCACCCUCGAAUCGGCCCGUGCUGUUGGCGUCUCUCACAGCGGCGUGUUGUACAUCGCCGAGACGGACGAAAGGAAGAUCAACCGCAUCCAGCAGGUUACCACCAAUGGAGAAAUCUCGGUCAUUGCUGGGGCACCGACAGAUUGUGACUGUAAGAUUGAUCCCAACUGUGAUUGUUUCUCAGGUGAUGGUGGAUACGCUAAAGACGCCAAGCUGAAGGCUCCCUCUUCCCUCGCUGUGUCUCCUGACGGCACUUUGUACAUCGCCGACCUCGGGAACAUUCGCAUUCGUGCUGUGAGCCAAAAUAAGCCUCAUCUCAACGAUGCCAAUAUUUACGAGAUAGCCUCUCCGGCUGAUCAGGAACUCUAUCAAUUCACGAACAAUGGGACUCACCUGCACACCCUCAAUCUGAUCACGAGAGACUUUCUGUAUAACUUCACGUAUAACGGGGAAGGUGAACUGGGCACCGUUACCAGCAACAACGGUCACUCGGUGCAUAUUCGCCGGGACGCCAGUGGCUUACCGCUUUGGAUGGUGAUGCCAGGAGGGCAAGUGUACUGGUUGACCAUCAGUAGCAACGGCAUUCUCAAAAGAGUUUAUGCUCAGGGCUACAAUUUAGCCCUAAUGACCUAUCCUGGCACCAGCGGACUUCUCGCCACCAAAAGUAACGAGUAUGGAUGGACAACAGUUUAUGAGUAUGAUUCCGAUGGUCAUUUAACCAAUGCAACUUUCCCCACUGGGGAAGUCAGCAGUUUCCAUAGUGAUGUUGAAAAACUGAUGAGAAUAGAAAUUGAUGCUUCAAAUAGGGAAAAUGUGAUUACAGCAACUAACUUUUCAGCUACCUCAACUAUUUAUACUUUAAAACAAGACAAUAUUCAGAAUAUUUAUCGGGUCAGUCCAGACGGGUCCCUCCGAGUCACCUUUGCGAGCGGAAUGGAGCUGACGCUGAAUGCUGAGACCCACAUCCUGGCUGGUGUGGUGAACCCCACCUUAGGAAAAUGUAAUAUCUCCUUGCCUGGGGAGCACAACUCCAACCUUAUUGAGUGGAGGCAAAGGAAGGAACAAACUAAAGGCAACAUUUCCACUUUUGAAAGAAGGUUACGGGCUCACAACAGGAACUUGUUGUCCAUUGAUUUUGACCACUUAACAAGAACAGGGAAGAUCUACGAUGACCAUCGCAAGUUCACCCUUCGGAUCCUCUAUGACCAGGCAGGCCGUCCAAUUCUUUGGUCGCCCAUCAAUAAAUACAAUGAAGUGAACAUCACUUACUCCCAUUCCGGAUUAGUAACAUACAUCCAGAGAGGAACCUGGACUGAAAAAAUGGAGUAUGAUCCAAAUGGGAAGAUUAUCUCCAGAACAUGGGCGGAUGGCAAAAUAUGGAGCUACACCUAUCUAGAAAAGUCUGUGAUGCUUCUUCUGCAUAGUCAGCGCCGCUACAUCUUUGAACAUGACCAAUCGGAUUACCUGCUGUCUGUCACCAUGCCAAGCAUGGUCCGACACAGUUUUCAAACCAUGCUCUCUGUUGGCUACUAUCGAAAUCUUUACUCUCCGCCAGACAGCAGUGCCUCCUUCGUCCAGGACUUUUCCAAAGAUGGUCGGCUCUUGCAAUCUUUCUAUCCAGGAACAGGCCGCCGAGUUCUUUACCAAUAUACACCACAGUCCAAGCUCUCCGAGAUCCUUUACGAUACCACACAGGUCUCCUUUACUUAUGAAGAAUCAUCUGGCGUUAUUAAAACCAUACACUUGAUGCAUGAUGGAUUUAUUUGCACCAUCAGAUACAGGCAAACAGGACCACUAAUUGGCCGACAGAUAUUCAGAUUUAGUGAAGAAGGGCUCGUGAAUGCCAGAUUUGAUUACAGCUACAACAACUUUCGGGUAACCAGCAUGCAAGCAAUGAUCAAUGAAACUCCACUCCCUAUCGAUCUGUACCGUUACGUAGACGUGUCUGGGAAAACAGAACAAUUUGGGAAAUUCAGCGUAAUCAAUUAUGACUUAAAUCAAGUGAUUACCACCACCAUGAUGAAGCAUACCAAAAUUUUCAGUGCCAACGGCCAAGUGAUAGAAGUGCAAUAUGAAAUUCUGAAAUUCAUUGCCUACUGGAUGACCAUUCAGUAUGACAACAUGGGACGUAUGGUGAUAUGUGACAUCCGAGUAGGAGUAAACGCCAACAUCACAAGGUACUUUUAUGAAUACGAUGCUGAUGGACAACUUCAGACUGUCUCUGUGAACGACAAAACUCAAUGGCGCUACAGCUAUGACCUCAAUGGAAAUAUCAACUUACUCAGCCAUGGGAACAGUGCACGGCUCACUCCUUUGAGGUACGACCUUCGGGACCGCAUCACAAGGCUAGGAGAUCUUCAGUACAAGGUGGAUGAAGAUGGCUUCCUUAAACAAAGAGGGAAUGACAUUUUUGAGUACAACUCCAAUGGUUUCCUGAGCAGAGCUUACAACAGGGUUUCUGGUUGGACAGUCCAGUUUUGCUAUGAUGGUUUGGGACGACGAGUGGCCAGCAAGUCAAAUCUAGGUCAACACUUACAGUUCUUCUACGCAGAUCUCUCCAAUCCAGUAAGAAUUACUCACUUGUACAACCACAGUAGCUCAGAAAUCACAUCCCUUUAUUACGAUCUCCAGGGUCACUUGAUAGCUAUGGAGUUAAGCAGUGGCGAAGAGUACUAUGUGGCUUGUGACAACACAGGGACACCCUUAGCUGUCUUCAGCAGCCGAGGGCAAGUGAUCAAAGAAAUCCUUUACACGCCUUACGGUGAGAUCUAUCAGGAUACCAACCCAGAUUUUGAAGUUGUUAUCGGUUUUCAUGGUGGGCUGUAUAAUUCUUUGACUAAGUUGGUGCACUUGGGACAAAGAGAUUAUGAUGUCAUUGCUGGACGUUGGACAAGCCCAAACCAUCGCAUCUGGGAAGAACUGAAGAAUGUCCCCAAACCAUUUAAUCUGUACGCAUUUGAAAAUAAUUAUCCAGCUGGCCAAAUACAAGAUGUGGCGAAAUAUACUACAGAUAUCGGAAGUUGGCUUGAACUGUUUGGGUUUCAGCUUCACAAUGUGCUUCCUGGGUUCCCAAAGCCAGAGAUGGACGCUGUGGACACAACCUAUGAGCUUCUGCAGCUUCAAACCAAGACCCAAGAGUGGGAUCCUGGAAAGACUAUUCUUGGCAUUCAGUGUGAACUACAGAAACAACUCCGGAACUUCAUUUCCUUGGACCAGCUUCCCAUGACCCCCAAAUACAGUGACGGCCGAUGUACAGAGCGGGCAAAACAACCCCAAUUUGCCGCAGUUCCUUCAGUCUUUGGGAAGGGCAUCAAAUUCGCGAUUAAAGAUGGGCAGGUAACAGCAGACAUUAUCGGCGUAGCCAUUGAGGACAGCCGACGCAUCGCUGCCAUCCUCAAUGGCGCCCAUUACCUGGAGAACCUCCAUUUCACCAUCGAUGGACGAGACACGCACUACUUCAUCAAACUCGGGUCUUUGGAAGAAGACCUCUCUCUCAUAGGCAACACCGGGGGGCGGCGGAUCUUGGAGAACGGGGUCAACGUCACGGUGUCACAAAUGACUUCGGUCAUCAACGGGAGGACAAGACGAUUUGCGGACAUUCAACUCCAGCAUGGUUUUUUGUGCUUUAACGUUCGAUACGGGACGACCAUUGAAGAAGAGAAAAACCACGUUUUGGAGAUCGCCCGGCAAAGAGCUGUGCUACAAGCUUGGACUAAGGAACAAAAGCGACUGCAAGACGGUGAAGAAGGUACAAGGGCUUGGACAGAGGGGGAGAAGCAACAGCUUUUGAGCACUGGGAAAGUGCAGGGUUAUGACGGAUAUUUUGUCUUAUCUGUGGAGCAGUAUCUAGAACUUGCAGACAGUGCCAACAAUAUUCACUUUAUGAGACAGAGUGAAAUAGGCAGAAGGUAACAGACCUACAAGCGACAUGUUUCCUGCCUUCACAUCACCAAAGACUGCCUGUUUUUAAAUGAAGAUGUUAAGUAACAGUUUAUUGUAUUGGUUUUUCUAGAGCAGAACUCUGUGUAUAUAUAAAUAUAGAGGGGGAAAGAAAACAUAUCCUACUGCCUUUAAAUGUGACAGAAGAUGGUAUUUUAAUAUAGUUUGUUUAAAUGCUUUGGGAGAUGGCAAUGGUUCUUCGUUCUAAGGCGGUUAUAUUCAGUGUUUGGGUGCAGCACUUUCAGUGUUGAACGUCAAUCAGAGAGAAUCCAGAUGGGCAAAAUAUUUAAUAUACUGUCUCCUUUCCUUUCUUCAGAAUCAGCUUUUUGGUUUCUUAGCUCGCCCACAACAUGUUAAAAAAAAAACACACGAUGGAGCCAGUGCCAUGAAUUGUUUGGUUUUGCUCAUGACCCCUCUCAAAACCAUCUUUGCAGACUACACUUUGGGUAUCUCAUUAUAUAUAUAACAAACUAUUCUAAAAAUACGAGUUCCAGGUAUCUUAGUAAAGAAAGAAGCAGACAUUCUGUGAGCUCCGGAACAUAAAAUUUUAAAAUAAUUUUGAAAAAUUAUUCUACUAUGCCAUUAAUCAAUUUGGCCAUUGUGCGUGUAAAAGGCCCUUCCAGCCAUCUCCCACUUGUAAUUAGCUGUGUUGUUUUUGCUGUCGUCAUGCUGGAUGAUGGAGGCUUAAUUCGUACUGUUUCCUGUUUAAUGGCAUAUAAAGGCAGAGAUCUCUGUAAUGGUAGUUUAAUACUCUGACGAUGUCAGCAGAUGGCUGACGAAAGCUUAGUAGAAUAAAAUGUUUUAAUUAUUUUAAAAUUUUAAGUUCUGGAGCUCGCAGAAUGUCUGCUUCUUUCUUUAUAUAUAUAUAACGCUGUUUUGCCACAAGCCGUUUAGUCCAUUGAAAAUAAACCAAAUUUUAGUUGUUGCCUUAUAAGAAAAGAUUAAAACGAAUUCCGCUUAGAAUUCCGAGGUUAAAAAAAAAGAAGAAGAAGAAGUCAUGUGUUGGUUCUAAGUUUGUGAACAGAAUGGACACUAGCUAGGAAUGAAUGCCAAUUACUGGGAAUUUCCCUUUUUUCUCCCCCUUUUUUGUCAGGAAUUAAUUAAAUAAAUAAAUAAUAAAAAGAGCACUUGGAUAGAAAAGCAGGUUGCAUUUACUUUAGUAACUUUGUGAUGCAGCCAAUAUACCAUCUGUGUCAGGGGUCUCCAACCUUGGCAACUUUAAGACUUGUGGAUUUCAACUCAGCUUCCUCAGUCAGCUUUGCUGGCUGAGGAACUCUGGAAGUUGAAGUCCACAAGUCUUAAAGUUGCCAAGGUUGGAGAUCCCUGAUCUAUGUUAUUCAAUAAUUUAAAAUUUUAGGAAGUUUAUAACAGUGCUAGUAGAGGUUUCUAUUCUAGUACUUCCUGGAAUGAUCAGGCAACCACACUUAUUUUGUGGUUGCAUGGCUAGUUCUAAGGCUGCACAGAAAGCAGAUAUGAGUGUCAAUGUUCUAAAAGAAAAACGUUGCAGACAAGAUUGACAGGAUCUCUUACCCAUCUCACAAAGCUUCGAAAGGAAAAUGCCAGCUCCCUCCAUCUACAAGUUUGGUCAACGUAAUUCUGUGGAUCUUUAAUUAGAAAAUAAAAUCAGACCAGGAAUUUGCUAAUCUAUCCCUAAAAUGGAGCAGAUUUCCUUUGGACUAUUAACCCUUUUUUUAAAAAAAAAAUAGAUCUAGGUUUCCUUAUAGGGGCAGUUAAAAUAUGAAGUCAAGAUUGUAGAAAUUGAAGAAUUUCUAAUGAUCGGGCUGUCAGAUAUAAUACUUUGAAUACAUUAAAUGGAAAAGCAUAAGGAGGGAAUGUUCACCUAACAUUCUUAUUGCAAUCUUGCAAGAAAUUGAAUAGCAGUUACCGUCUCUUUAUCGCCUGGGUGGUUAGUACCGCUUGCAGUACUUCUGUCGAAUGCAGCCUUCAAAAUGUUUGCAGUUAUAGCUCAUUUUGCGCUCUCCAAAAUGAGAUUUCCCCGAUCGUCAAAUGCAUGUCACAAGUUCUUGUUCGUUGGACAAAUAUUGGUUCAUGAAGAAUUUGGGAUCAUGCGAACAAGACACCAAUUGCUAAUUGAAAGCUUCCUUUCGGUAAAUUGCAUAAACGCUAAGGAAUUUGUUGUGCUGUAAUCUGUGAUUAUCUAAUGGGCUAUAUUGAUGAACAUUCUGGCCAGAGACAGCUGUUCCCUAGAUCUUAAAAAAACAUUAUGUCAUGACCUGUUUCUUGAAUCCAUGACGGUUAGAUUCUCUGUUUGAUGGAGAAGCACCAUUAGAGAAAUAAUGUUAUGUUGAAUGUUUCAUUCUGUACCCACUGUUUCCUCCUGUCCAUGUACAGGUAACCCUUUACUUACAACCACAAAUUUCAGUUUGCUAAGCAAAACUGUUGUUAUGUGAAUUUUGCCCAAUUUUUCACCUUCCUUGCCAACGUUGCUAAGUGAAUCACUGCAGUUGUUAAGCUAGUAACAUGGUUGUUAAGCAAAGCUGUCUUCUCCAUUGACUUUAUCAGAAGGUCCCAAAAGAUGAUUGCAUGAUCGUGGGACCCAGCAAACGUCAUAAAUGGGAGCCAGUUGCCAAGCUUCUGAAUUUUGAUCACAUGACGUUGGAGUUGCUGCAUCGGUCGUAAGUGUGAAAAAGGGCCAUGAGUUACUCUUUUCAGUGCCAUUGUACCUUUGAACGGUCACUAAACGAAUGGUUGUAAGUUGAGGACUACCUGUAGGCUGGAGCAAAAUACUAGAUGCACAUGAGACAGAAAGAGCGGGAAAUUCUUCAGAAAUCUACAACGUAGAGAAGUUCUAGUUGACUCAUGGUAGACAUGAGGUACCCAAACACAGUCUGCCUAUCUCUUUCUCUCUACCAUGCUACCCAGAAAAAAAAAAAGCUUCUUGCGUACUCACAAUGGAGAAAAAAGAAUUAUUGUCAUCUCAGGCAAAGAUGUGUCAAUUUUAGGGUCUCAACUGGACCAAGAAAUUCUUCAGAGAAAUAGGCAGUGGAUGAAAAUGUCCUUUUUCUUCUUCUGGAUAUUUUAAAAGGGGUACAAAAAAGGGGGGGCUGGUUCUCAGGAAUCAAAGAUUUUUCAAACAUCAGGGGCAGGAUUUGGCAAAGUCUUUUAAUAAAUUCUCCACGAGGUUAUGUCAUCCCAAUAUAAAUGAUUGGUAUGAAUAUUAUGGACCAUUUACAGGACAAAUGAAAUGUUGAGCGUAGAAUGAGUGGAUGUUCGGAGGGAGCCUCUGUCAUUUCUGUUCCUUCAAAUAUAUUGUUUGUAGCUUAAUUAGUAUUUAUGUCAACAAUUUGGGGGCAAAUUGCUGGAAGAUUUUUUCCCCCCCACUAAUAAUUUUAUCUUGUGGGUUUACAGUGGGAUUUAUAAACAGCCUUUUAUCACCAAACAUGUUGUGCCCAACCUGAUCAAGAUCGGUAAUAAAUAUGCUGAAAACUAUACACAUCAAUAAAGAAAAUCAGAAAUCUAACGAAAUAGCAGUAAUAAAAGUGUUAGAGAUUAAAGGCAGCUGAAGUCUGGCUUUGCCAUGGCACAAGUGAAUUACAGAUUCAUGUCUCAGUGCCUUAGUAAGACAUUUCAAAGUCCUAUCUUAAAAUAUUAGGAUGAUUUCGUUUUAAAAGUAAAAUCUACCUUGAGACAGAUUCACCUGGUGAUUUCAUGGAUAUACUGUAUCUGUAUAAUUUCCUUGGCAAAAGUGGUUUGCUGUUAAUUCUUGACAAGAUCUAUCUAUCUAUCUAUUAUCUAUCUGUCUGUCUGUCUGUCUGUCUAUCUAUCUAUCUAUCUAUCUAUCUAUCUAUCUAUUCCAAAUCUAGCCUAUAGCCAUGGGAUUUUCUAGUGAUUAAUCAGAUAAAAAAUCUACUCAGUAAAGUAGAUUUAAUCUACUCAAUUAAGAUGUUCUGGAUCAGUGAUCCCCAAACUCAUGAAUUCAUUCAUCUCUUCAUGAAGUUUCAGAUUGUUCAUUGACACACACACCCAAACAUUCAUUAUAUGAACAUAAUGCAACAAUUACUACUUUAACUAACGGUACUAUUAUUAGUAAUAAUUAUAACACCUAACAAUGAUUAAGAGCAGGAAAACUGAAGAAAGAGAUAGAGGGGCUAAUUCUGGCUAUACAAGUUCAAGCCUUAAGAAUAAAUGCAUACAAAGCCAGAAUAGAGAAACAGCAACCAUCUGCAAAGAAGCUGGAAAAAAAAAAACCCACAGUGGAUCACACAGACUGAUGCAUUGGAAGAUCUGCAAGAAAUACAUUUGCCUGUAGGCAAAAACUAGUGAGACCAUAAAAUAGGCAAAGUAAUAGAAAAUGAAAAGAGACAUGGUGGCUCAGUGGCUAAGAUGCUGAACUUGUCGAUCGAAAGGUCGGCAGUUCAGCAGUUCGAAACCCUAGUGCUGCGUAAUGGGGUGAGCUCCCGUUACUUGUCCCAGCUUCCGCCAACCUAGCAGUUCGAAAGCACGUAAAAAAUGCAAGUAGAAAAAUAGGGACCACCUUGGUGGGAAGGUAACAGCGUUCCGUGAGCCUUUAGCAUUGAGUCAUGCCGGCCACAUGACCACGGAGACGUCUUCGGACAGCACUGGCUCUUCGGCUUUGAAACAGAGAUGAGCACCGCCCCCUAGAGUCGGGAAUGACUAGCAUAUAUAUGCAAGGGAAACCUUUACCUUUACCUAAUAGAAAAUGAAGACACUAAAGCACCCUGGGACUUUAGAAUUCAAAUAGAUAAGCACCUGGCAAAUAAGAUCCCAGAGUAAACAAUUGUUGAUAACAAAGACAAAAAAAGUCUGGAUAGUGGAUGUGGCAGUACCUGGAGAUAGCAGAAGAGAAGAGAAAGAACUGGAGAAGAUAACAAAAUACAAAGACCUGCAAAUAAAAGUAGAAAGACUGCUGCAAAAAAAAGCAAAGGUAGUACCAGUAUUAAUAAAGCCCUUUGGAUAAAUCCCAAAACAACUGGAGAAGCACUUGAAUACCAUCGGCAUUAACAAAACUAUCAACAGUCAAUUGCAGAAGGCAGUUUUACUUGGAACAGCUUAUAUACUGAGACAAUACCUUUAAUUCAUCAGAGAAGAACAUCUGUCUAUCCCAGGUCUUUGGGAAGGACUUAAUGGAUGUAUAAAACACCAAGUUCCAGCUAAAGAUCUGUGAUGAACCAUAAUAGAGACAACUUAAGCCACUCUUGUUGGUGACUAACCAUCCAACUCUGAGUAACACUGUCUUGCCACUAGCCACCUCACCUUCAGAACUAGCAACUGUCAUGGAGCUCUAUAGAUACCCUCAAUUGAUCCCAAUCAAUCUUCCAUCAUUUAUUGACCAGAUAUUGACUCCCAGACAUAUUCUGACCUCUUUUGACCCCCAGACAUUUAUCAAAACUUUGCAUAGUCUCAUCAACCCUUGAGGGUCAAUAUUGACCACUUCAGGGUCUUUUCAUUUAGAUGUUUCUACCUUCUGCAACUGACUCAACGACAUGCAGCCAAGUAUUUGGGCUGGUGUUCUUUUAAUCUGUAAAUGAUAAAGGCAACAACAGAAUGUUAAAUAGCAGGAAAUAUUAGGAUUUGGUGGAGAGAAAAAGAAGGAAAUCACUCUAAGCUUAGUUAACGAUGAUUUUUAACUGAGUUUACAAGCUACAAUCACAGCAUUUUAAGCCCAGUGCAUUUUGGUUUAGCAUGAUGCACUAUAUGACUUCAACUACUAUUACCUUUGAAUCAUGAUUUGUGGCUUAUUAUGUAUGAACCAGAUUGUUCUGGCUUGUUCAACAGACUAUGGAAAAAUAUACUAUGACAUAGUAUGUUGUGUGAGUCCAGAUACUAUCAACAUGUUAGUUUGUCGGAUGAAAUGGUUCCAUGUUAUUUUGUGUAAUAUAUAGCUAUAUCUUAAUAGCCAAAACAGAAGAGGACGUUGAAUAAAUUGUUCACAUUCAGAAAGGAUAACGCUUGCUCGUUAAAAUUGGCUAAAGCUCGAAUGUGUGGCAUGCUUUCAAAAGAAGAUUGCUUAUUUGGCUAUAUAGAACAUAUGAUUCUUACCAAUGACCUUGACUAAUAUCAGCAGUUCUAAACUUAUCAAGAUUAUCUCAGGUUGACUGAGAUACCUGCAUUUUAUUGGCCUCUGACCGUUAAGAGAUACAGUCACAAAGAAAAAUGUUGAGAAUUCACAGUGCCUCUGUUUGGAUUCUCUUGUGAGCGAACACUGAACGGAAGAUUUGAAAACAUGUAGACUGUAUUCAACUGUAUUCUUCUGAUCAGUGGUCAUUUCCCAUGGAUCAGGGUGAAUCUCAAAAGCAUCGUCAGAUCUGUAGAUCGUGCACUUUUGAAUUCACAGAAAAUCAUUUCUGGGCUUCAUUUAUGUAAAAUGUUUAUUGGUGAGGAUGCUAUUUAACAGUGAUUUCAGAUAUCAAUACGAGCCACUUUGCUUACCGUUUUUAAGCAAGUCUACUAUUUGAAACUCGUGCGUCAAGGGAUUUUCUCCCUCCCGCCCCCGAAGCUUUAAAAUAACCAGAAUUAAGAAAUGUUUUGAAUUAAAUAGUGAUUAGCUUGAACUGUGCAUUUCUAGUAUGUAAUACAUAUUUUGUUAGCUUGUGCCUUGAGUUCUUUACAGUUAUAUUAUUAUAUUAUAUGCAGGAAAUGCACUUUAUAUUAAUGAACGUGGAGGGUUUUUUAAUGCUGCCUUGAAUGUCGUAGUCUUCAUUUUUAUGCCAAAAGUCCAUGAAGUGAAAUGGAUUACAUUAAUUCCCCCUGCCUCUGUUGGGAUUUACCAAUGAAUAAAUAGAAUUACCCAGGUGGUAUAUAUUGUGUUAUAAAAUAUGGACUAGAAAAAAAAAUAUUAAAUAGAUUCUGGUAGUGUAAGAAAAAUGCUUUUUAAAAUCCUGUCUGCUUCUGAAAUUCAGGAAAAAAAUAAAAUAUAUGUUAUAAUUUACAAGCCAGGGACCUCACCCUCCAAGCGCUGCUAAUAGGGUAGCCCUGGGUAUGGAAGUGAUGGAUAGUUGUGCAGAAUAUCUGAAUGUGUUUCACUUUAAAUUCAGUAGUGAAAUCCAAAUUUUUUUACUACCGGUUCUGUGGGCGUGGCUUGGUGGGCGUGGCAGGGGAAGGAUACUGCAAAAUCCCCAUUCCCACCCCACUCCAGGGGAAGGAUAUUGCAAAAUCUCCAUUCACACCCCACUCUGGGGCCAGCCAGAGGUAGCAUUUGCCAGUUCUCCGAACUACUCAAAAUUUUCGCUACCGGUCCUCCAGAACCUGGAUUUCACCCCUGUUUAAAAUCACUUGUUUAAAACACAUAUUAACUGUGCCUCUUUUGGACCUUGUAUUGUGCAGUCCAAAUCAGCUUUGGGUCGCUGUGGAAGUGAUGGAGGUUGAAAUCCAACAUGUUUGAAAUGAUCUUGUUUUGGGAAAGUUUGGGCUAAAUAAUCAUUCCAACAUUUUGGUGCUCUGCUGUUCUGUACUGUGGAUUCUAAAAUUGCAAGAGACCACAAACUUCUGUUCUUUUUCAUGCUGAUGAAGAACUGUAGCUAUAGCACUGCUAAAAUCUUGGCCAUUCCAGCCAGGAUCUAAACCACUCUAAAGAGAAACACGUCCAGCAGCUUUCAAAAUAGUUUGUUCUGUUCUUAUUUGCCAAAAAGUAAACUCUAAGGAGUGACUGUCCCAUCUAGGCAGUGUAGUGAUUUGUUCAUAGAGGUUUGUCUGCAUUUAAGCUGGAACGCCAGAGGUUCCCUUCCCUACAAAUAAAUGUUGUUUUUUUCAUGUGGGGCGUCUUUGAUUUCUGAUUAUUGUUAUUGGAAGCAUUCCAGUGGUAUCUGGAUUACCUGCCAAGCUGAGCAGAUUCUGAACAGGAGGCUGAGCAGCUCCAGAUGCUGAGCAGAUGCUAUAGAAUCAACUUCUUCCAAACAUUUUAGAAAGUGAUUAAGAGAAGAUAUCCAGAACACACAGGUAUUGUCCCCUGUUUAGUCUGUAUCAGUCUGCAGGGUACGGGAGGUGCCACAGCUGGGACAAUUAACAAAACUAUUCCAAUUAAUGAAAAUGAAUUUCCCCAAAACACAGAUGCGGUCAUUAUGCCAGUAUAAAUAAGAUUAGCGGAGCCUUUUGGAAUGCAUUUGAGAAUGGGACUUGUGCAAAAUAAGCCAAGAACACCUUCGUUAAAUUAUACAUUUGUUUCUUCAAAAUCGAGACCAUUUUAUGUUAUGUAUCUAAUAAGUUAAUUUAAAAUUACCAUGUCUUAAAAAAAAAUUUUAAAGAAUAAAAAUGUGGAUAAAAAUAAUAAGGAUAGUAUUUAUAAAGGAAAACGAUGAGUGAAAAAGUGCAAAGAAAGAAAUGAAGAAGAAAAGGAAAAGUAAUAAGGAAGCUGCUUCCAUUCGUUAUAGUAGCUACAAGUAUAUUUUAUUUUACCCCCCCUCUCUCUUUCUGGGGUUACCACAUAAUUUCCUUCUUUCCAUAGCCUUUCCCAUCAUCAGGUCUAUCAAUUGCUCUUUUUUUUUUCCUUGUUUGGAGAAAAACUAAAUGAUUUCCAAUCACUAAAAAAGGGGUCAUUGUCCUUUCUCUAAUCAAUUUUGCCAUCUCUGCUAUUUCUGUCAGACCAUUUUAUGUUCUAAAUAAAAAAUAGCAUGCUUAGUCUCUAUGUGCUUUAAAAUGCCUUUUUUGUUUUGUUUUAACCAUCUCCAGCCAUUUGAAAGAAGGAAGAAAUUGUUUUCAAAUGAGUGGGAUGUUUACCUGCCAUUACCAUCCUUGUGGCUUAUUCCAUGUAUCGUUGUGAAAUCAUGACUUGGGUUGAGGUAGAAAUUUAAUCACUCUGUGUCUCCCUCAUUUAUAAAUCCUCAUAUGGAUUUAUAGAGGGGAGGAGGAGUUCACAAAGCUAUCUAGAUCUUUGAAAAAAAGGGACAAAACCAACCAACACAAAAUAGAAACCCCACAGGUAAGUUUCUAAUAGCGGGCACAACGGUAUCUUACACUAGAGAAAAAUAAAAAAGCUGGACUGUAUUUUACCAUAAAUUGGUAGAGGUCUACAAUAUUGGUUUAGGUAUCAGUGUUCAAUAUUCUGCACUUCUAUCACUGCCUUCUGAGUUCGUGUUGGUUUCUGUGGACCUUAACUAUGAGGUAUUUUUUGUUUGUUUUGUUUUCAACAUUUUGGGUCAUUGGCCCAAGCAAAUGUGUUUACCAAUCUUUUCCUUAAGAUUUUUGUGGUGGACGUUAGCCUCUUGAUCAAUGUUAUUACCUGUCAAAGUGUAUAUUUUUAACAUCAUUUCACACACGGAACAAACCUCCAUGACCGGAUUCUAAUUGAUAAAGUGUUGAUGAUAAAAAUCAGAGAAGCCAAACAUACCUUGCUCCUUUUUGGAAAGCGAUUUCUUUGGUUGCUCAGAAAAAAAGUAAUGAUGUUUACAAUGUACGCCAAGGGUUUCCAUGCCUAUCAAACGAUGGCAGUUCUAAUUUUACUCAAAAUUGUAGUAUAAUGGCCUGAACCUUGUUGCUAGGACACAAUAGACUUUGGUUUUAUAUUCCUGCCUUCACACUGGCUAGAUACUGUACAGGUUUAGGUGAAAUGACUGCAUUGAAAUUGGUUGUCGCAUUUUGCUCUGGGUUUCAUACCAGAAGCAUGUAUUUUCUACCAGACCGUUACAACAACUUGCUGUAAAUAGUCAAAGUUAAUAUAUGAUGUGUUGACAUUUGAAAGACAAAGUACUUUGAAUAUUUCAUUUUUAAAAAAUAAAGUUGCAAACAAUUA